AUGACCAGAAAGAUCUUCACGAACACCAGGGAGCGGUGGAGGCAGCAGAACGUCAACAGCGCCUUUGCCAAGCUGAGGAAGCUCAUCCCCACUCACCCUCCAGACAAGAAGCUGAGCAAAAAUGAAACACUUCGCCUGGCCAUGAGAUAUAUCAACUUCCUGGUGAAGGUCUUGGGAGAGCAGAGCCUACAGCAAACAGGAGUGGCUGCUCCAGGAAACAUUCUGGGCCUCUUCCCUCAAGGACCCCACCUGCCAGACAGGACUCUCCUUGGUGACUACCAGGUUCCAUCACCCGGCUCAAGCCACCACAUUCCGUAAUAGUGGGGCUCUGGCUGUUGUGACCCCAGACAGCACUGGUUCAGAAGUCACCAGCUGUCAACAGCCUUUUUGCAAGUACCAGAGUCAGCAUGGUGAAUAAUUUGUGAGGCAUGAAUUCAAGCUUCAUAGGAGGUGUCUCAGGGUCAGCUGCAGAAUGCUAAAAGGAGGCCAAAAGGGAAGUGGCCGUACAUCCCCUUCCCUUGGGGCUUCAGGCAGAGCAGCCUGUAUCUGUCGAUUUUAUAAAUCCAGGUUCCUGCAUAAGAUGUUGUUUUUGGGGAAAAAAAGACCCUUACGUUAAAAACUAGUUUGAAAAUCACUGUUUUACGUAAUAUGUUUUCAGUUGUAAGAAGAGUUUCCUCAUAAUGGAUUGCAGAUGGACGAGUUGAAAAUGCUACCCUCCGAACAUAUUUUAAAGUUUGUUCUGAAAAAUGAGGCAUAUUUGAUCAAGGGUGAACAGCAUAAGACAAAUGAAAAGAUAGCCCUUGCAGAAACCAGUCUGGAGACUUGUGGGGAAUCUGUGGAUAACAGACCCUUCUGACACAUGAGGACCACAAGAAGGCAGCAGAUACAUGCAGGAGAGCUCUGCAUCCUCUAUCUCUAUGGAAAUGUGAGGUGUCACUUGCAUUGGACCACAAGUAUAUGUGUUAUCGCUUAAGACAAAUGGUGGAUUAUACCUAUGAGAGGAAAGGACGUGAUAAUUUGUGAGAGUUCAUGGUUUUCUUAUGAAAAGCAGUUAACUAAAAUAGUUUUCCUAAUCCUUUGGUUUCACAUGUCAGGUAUUGAAAACUUUUAAUUCAGCAUUAGUUCCUGAUGAUUUAAGACCUGUAAAAUUCAAAUAGAAUGAUGAAAAUCUAAAUAUUACCAUUUAACAGCUCAUUUAACAGAGAGCUUAACAAAAGAUUUAGAGUAGACAAUAGGAGUGUAAUACCAGACUCUAAUGAACUGAUGGAUGAGUGAUUUGUUUUCCCUGCUGAGGAGCAUUAGCUCAGUCUUAUACUGGGAAGGGUGGUGCCCACAAAAGAAUGAACGGCAUGGAUCUGGCAGAACUCACAACUGUAUGCCACCGUGAUGAUGCUUGGAUUCAAAAAUGAAUCCCAUAGUUAAGCACAGAAUACACAUAAUGAUUGUCUCUGGAACAUUUUAUUUCCCAAAGUUCUUGACAGAACAUUAGUUUUAAAACCUUUUGAACUACAGGAAGGAAAUUAAUAGGCUUGAGAUUAUGUAUACACAAUAGAGGAAUUUAAAUUUUCUGCCACUCUAGAAAGAAGAUAUUCAGUUUAUGAAAGGCUGAAAUGAGCCUCUUUGGUUUGGUGAUCAGAAGAAAUCUGGAUGAGGCAUUCUCAAAAUAGCGAGUUCAUAAUGUCAUUAAACUCGCCACAGCAUUCACACGUAUGGCACGAUACAUUUAUCAAAACAAUGCAUUUGGGACUUCCCUGGUGGUAGUUAAGGCUCUGCACUUCCAAUGCAGGGGGCGUGGGAUUCCUGGUCAGGGUACUAAGAUCCCACAUGCCGUGUUAGUUAAUUCAGUCACUCAGUCAUGUC